GCAGUCAACAGUCAACAGUCGCGCGGUGCUUUGCAAAAAACGUGUUCGCCGGGCAACACUCGCGAUCGCUGCUGUUCACCGAUCCGACCCUCCCCCCACCCUCACCACUCACGACACGCAUCGCCGUACGGCGCCGGCGAUCGCUCGCGGCGGUGCGACCGGAUCGCGGACGGUCGGUAGACGCGAAUCGUAUAGACGAUCGACCGAUCGAAAUCCCGAUCCACGUGCCCCGGCCCGGCAUAUCCGUGGCGUCCACUGGCGAUCGGAGGCAACGCGGACGGUCAGCAACAUCGGCGGCAUGACGGCGACGGACGCGCAACGGUUUGCCGCGCGUCCCCGUGAACGCCGUUGACGGCGGUGUACCGUUUUUCCCGUCCCGUCGUCCGCCGCGUCCCCGGUAGACGUUCAUGCCACAGCUGCCGCCGUGACCGCCGUCGGCGCGCGUCCCCGUCCAGUGCGUAUCCGCCGGGCCGCGAGAUGCACGCGCUCCGCGUCGCGUUGUCCCUGUUCCACGUGCUCGCCGCCGCCAGCGCCGGAUCGUUCCUCAAGUUGGGCAUCAACGAUUGCUUCGAAAGAGUUUCAAUUGGAAAACGUUUAAAUAGUUCAGAUGUGACAAAAACCAUUUAUACCACAAAUAUAAAACAAUGCAGUAAUGAAUGCGAACGAAUUGUAUGCAAUGCAUAUAGUUAUGGGUUAAGUGGAAACGGAAAUGGCACUUGUUUGCUAGGAUUAAAUUUACCGAAAUCGGAACUUUACGACGAUCCGGACUAUGAUCUUUUUAUGAAAAUCUUACAGUGUAGAGAUAGAACAAUGUGUUUCAUGAAACUUGUGGGAGGCCGUCGUUUAGUUGACAAAUAUAUUCAAAGGAUUUUACCAGUCGAAUCAAAAGGAGAUUGUGAACUAUAUUGUGAAUAUGAAAAAGAAUUUCGCUGCGAAGGAUUUAAUUUUAGAUACGACAUGAAAUUAGACUCUUACAGUAGUUGUCAAUUAACUUCUGUACCGUCAGCGAAAUUAGAUUUGUCUUUGGAUUUCCAGUCGGACCUGGACUACGACUUUUUUGAAAAAAACGUAAACGCUUCGCCCACCUGUCGGUACUUGGAGCUGACCAACCCGUACGGGCAGAGACGUAAUUGGGGUAUCGCCGGGAACCAAGAAGAUCUGUGGCAGGAUUUGGGUCCUUUAUGGUAUCAAAGAAAUGAGAUCGCAUACGGCGCCGACAAAGUGUAUUACGACACCGGUCUUCAACCUAAGCCCGGUGUCCCUGAAUACGACGGCGCGUCGUUAACAAGACCGAACGAUAACCCGUACAAUAACUUUCAACUCUUGUACAACGGCAUACAACCGUCAUUAUCAGUGCCAGAUCGACAACCGUUAUCGCCAAAUGAGUGUUUCAUCAAAGCAAGAACGGGACAUCAUCUGCAGAGAGAAAAUAUUAUUAAAUCAACGAACGCCCAGUCGCUAUACGGUUGUGAGACCAUUUGUGCCAAUGAACAAACAUUUACUUGUAAUAUAUUCAGUUACAGAUAUAGCUAUACGUCUUCUAUGGACAAUUGCCACUUGGGUGAUAAAAUGCUCCGUCAGUUGGACAUUUUUCAAGAUUUAGUACCUGACAGAGAUUGUGACGUGUUCGUAAGAAACGAACUCAGUCAACCUGGAUGUCAGCCGGCCAGGAAUUGGGACACUGAUUGCUUUGAACGAAUCCGGAGUGGUUUAACGUUGGAAAGGACCAUAGUAAAAUUUUCAGUGCAAGCUGAUAAUUUGCACGAGUGUGAACUCAUAUGCCUUCACGUAAAACAUUUUACCUGCAGGGUGUUCAGUUUCCGCCGAGGGCCGUCCGUCAUUGGCAAGUGGUCAGACAACUGUUAUUUGACCGAUUACCCGGUAACGGAUAUGGAUCCGACCAAGCAUUUUGUUGAUGACUCUAGCUGUGACGUCUACAACCGUGGCAGCUUCGGUCGCGGAUGUGAACUGGACAAAAUUCCGCCCUCCUCCGGGUGGCCUUUGGUUCCAGGUCAGGACAAAAUUCCGCCCUCUUCCGGGUGGCCUUUAGUUCCAGGACAGGACUUGACGCCCACUGUGCUUACCACAUACCGACCACAGUACGGAGUGCCACCACCUUUGUCGCCGGGACCAUCACUUUAUGGUCCGAAGUAUGGCCCGCCGCCAUCACCACCGGUGAAUUUUUAUCCUAGCGGAUCGCCAUCACCUUCGCCGCCUGUUCAGCCUUACCCUAACGGACUACCACCGUCAAUGCCGCCAGUAAAAUUCUAUCCCAGCGGACCAACACCGUCACCGUUACCAUCGCCAUCACCAUCGCCACUACCACCACAAUAUUUCCCCACGGCACCGCCACCAACGUUACAACCACCAACCAUUUAUAUCCCUGUUAAGCCAACUGUCUUUAUCGAUACUUCCACUAGACCUACGGGUACCUUUGUGCCAUCUCAGCCACCUACCACAUUCUUCCACAUACCGGGAGAGUACACUCCCGUGUCGGCCAAACCCGUGAAUCGAGAUCCUAUACCGGGAGGUGGGUUCUACCCGUAUGGCAAACACCCCAAUCAAAUUCCUACAGUUUAUGGGACCACGGGCAAAAAAAUGUGUUAUAUUAACUUCGGCAACACUGCCAGACUUUUGCCAUCGGCUAUCAAAAAGUCCAUGAACGUUGAAUCAGAAUACAAGUGCAAAAUGGAAUGCAAUGAAGCUAGAGAGAAUCAUCAAUUUCGGUGUUCCACCCUCAGCUACUUUGAAGGUUAUUGUGAGCUAAGUGAUAUCGAGAUGGCAAAUUUGAAACCUAACCAGGAUUUCACUUUAGACCAACAAUUUUUGUUGUUUGCUUGGGAUUUCAGCGAAGUCCAUUGUUUCGGCUCACCUGCAGCUAAAUUCCCUCCAACCAGUAUCUUUCCUGCUGGUAAGGAGUGGACGUGGAUGAGAUUCACUGUCAACGGACAACCGUGCAAAUCCGGUUCAUAUUGCACUCAAAACAACGACGUAGGGGUAUGGUCUUGUCCAAUCGAUCAAGGAGAUUGGGGCUAUUGUUGCAGGCCCGAUCAUAAAUGCGGUUAUUCCGAAGGAAUCAGUUAUCCUUGGUGUCACGUGGGAGUAUCGGUCGAGCAGUGGCGGCCGUGUAGCGACAAGUAUUACCCGACAAAAGACGGACCGGCGCAGACUUGGCCGGUGACGUAUAUCCACAACACCGGGCCACCCGCUACGUCGCCCACGGGCGCCCCUUAUCCUUUCAGCCCACCUACCCCAGGCUCCUUUUAUCCAUCCAUCCCGCCGACCGCGGGUUCCAACUAUCCUUCCGGUUCACCACCUUUACCAAAUAACGACAGCGGCGGAGGCGGCAACGUCACGAAAACCACGACCGAGCACAUACAGACGCUGAUCGACCAGUUCUUGUCUAUAUUCAAGUCGUCCUCGCCGACCGAAACCACCACCAGCCACGCCAUGCUCCACGAGAAGACUCCCAGCGCGUCCACGCCGCAGCACGUAGUCAAUGGUAAUGUCGACUCGCUGUCGGGCUUUCAGGUGGUAGACGUUACCGACAAACCGCAGACCGUUGGCAGAGAAGUAGUCUCGAUCCCUGCAGCGCCUGCCAACCGGCUGUACUCGUACGGGAACAGGUUCAUCAGACGCAAGCCGUUCAUUUACCUCGUCCAGUAGCGCGCCGUCGACACAUCGUAAAUGUUCGUUUGAAUAUUAGUACAUGCAUAGAGUGUGCCCCCGUACAAUUAUCCUCUCCGUCGUCCGCACAGUUACGUAACUUCCUGCAGUCGGAUGUGAAACUUUCAAAUUUCCCUACCCUUUCCUAUUUUGAGACAAGAUUUUACGAGAAUCUACCGCUUUUGAAAAAAAAAGCGAAAAUUUAGUUGGUACUUGAGUGGCAUUUUUUGAUUUCACCUACGAUUGGCUUCGAACAUAAUAAUAUUAUGUUUACAACGUAUCGGUUGGAUUAUUUAUAUAAUAUAGCAUUUUUAUUACUGGUCGAAUCGAGCAGCUGAGACGUCCGUAUAAGUAUAUCUCAACAGGUGUUUGAUAUGUCCGUCGUAAAUAAAAAUCAUGAUAAUCUUUGAUCCCUAUUACUGUGUUAGACUUGAAUAUUUAUGCGGUCUCGACGUAUUUUCGACUGUGCACCUGCACUAUACCUGCGUAUACACAUAUUACACAUCGAUAUUAACGAUUUCUAUUUCCAAUAUUUUCGUAUUAUCCCAAUACGGGACUAGAUACGGAUUCAUCGUAAGCAUUCGAAGUCAGACGUGACUUCUGAAACAAAAUUUUGUAUAUGAAGUCGCACGAUGAAGAACGAAAGAAAUGAAUUGAUCUUUAUUUAAGUUAAAUCCAUUCUAAUACCGGCUAGUGCUCCACUCACGCUUCAUAGGUGAUUUGACCAUUGAUAGUCUAUCCAUUUUUUUAUUAUACAUCUGAAAAUAUUAAUAUAUUUAUUUAAUAUUAUAACUUAUAAUGUUGA